UCAGAUCAAUAGUCUACGGCGAGGAAGGCUGACGGUGGUGCUGUGGAACGCGAAAAUUUGAAGAUUUCUUAGUUGUAACUUUAAAUUUCCAAAAUCACCUCGUUAAAGGAAAAGGGCACUGAAGGGUGCGAAGCUCCCGUAAAGGGCGGUUACACAUACCACUACUAUAACCCCAACCCUUCGGGCUUCUGCCUCUUUAGGCUCAAGCUAAACUUCAACGCGGAACCCCCCUGGGAUCCCAGCUGACAUUUGCUAAAGGAGCAGGCAUUUCAACUCGCAGUGUUGUUGCGUAUUUCUUAGUAACCAGUAUUUAGUGAACAGUUUGAAUCCACAUUUUACAUCUCAUCAAGAUGAAAAUCACAUACCCAAUCAAGAAUUCUUCUCAUUGCUUUGAGGUGAUGAAUGGUAUGCCAGCAAUAAAAAAAUUGAUUGCAAGCAAAAUCCAAGAACAAGGGACAGAGGAUGCCUUUUUCAUUGCUGAUCUUGGUGCUGUGGUUGAGAAGCACCUUGAGUGGAUAUCCAUGAUGCCCCGCGUACUGCCAUUCUAUGCUGUCAAGUGUAACAAUGACCCAGGAAUUGUGCAGUUCUUAGCCUCCCUUGGCACUGGCUUUGACUGUGCGAGCAAGGCAGAAAUUGAGCAAGUUCUAUCACUUGGAGUUGAUCCUUCUCGUAUAAUCUAUGCCAACCCGUGCAAGAUGAAGUCCUACAUCAGAUUUGCCAAGGAAAAAAAUGUCUCCCUGAUGACCUUUGAUAAUGAAAAUGAACUGCAGAAAGUGAAGGCUUUCUAUCCUGAGGCACACCUGGUCAUCCGAAUCUUACCACCUGCUUCCAAAGCUAUUUGUAACCUUGGGUGCAAAUUUGGAGUGGAGCCGGAGAAAGCAUUGCCCUUGCUGCAGAAGGCCAAAAACAUGGGCCUCAAUGUUGUUGGAGUUAGCUUUCAUGUUGGCAGUGGUUGCCUAGAAGCAGAAGCCUUCAAGAAAGCCAUUUCUGCAGCACGUAAAGUAUUUGACCAGGCCAAGGUCAUCGGCUACAACUUCAACCUCUUGGACAUUGGUGGUGGUUUUCCAGGCUUCGACCAACCCGAGAUCAACUUUGACGAGGUCACCCAGACAAUUAACACCAGCCUGGACGAGCUUUUCCCAGAUGAUGAUGACUUGAGAAUCAUUGCUGAGCCUGGCCGUUACUAUGCGACUUCUGCGUACACCCUUGCUGUCAAUGUUAUUGCCAAGAGGGAAGAAGUUGAAGCUGAACCUGUGGAAGAGGACAAGGCUAGGGUCAUGUAUUACAUAAAUGAUGGCGUGUAUGGCUCCUUCAACUGUCUGCUAUAUGACCAUGCAGAAGUAACCCCUGAUUACUUGAAGGAAGUAGAGUCGAAGGCCACCAUCACCAGCAGCCUAUGGGGGCCUACAUGUGAUGGCCUGGAUUGCAUCCUGAAGAACUGUGCAAUGCCUUCAUUGGAGGUAGGGGAAUGGCUGUGCUUCAAGAACAUGGGGGCAUACACGCUGGUCGCAGGCUCAACUUUCAAUGGCAUGCCUCGCCCUAAUGUGUACUACUACAUCGAGGACACCAGGUGGCUACAGAUGUUGGUGAUGAUGCCCUCCCAGGAUUCAAUCCAACUUGUGUUGAAAGAAUUCGAUGUUGCCAAGCCUGUCCCAGACCUUCAGGAGUUGGUUGUGUCAGACGUGAAGUGCUGUGCUCCCGAGUGUUAA